UCUCCGACACGUGUCUCCGUUCUCAAGCUUUUUGGUCACAUGACAUUACACGUGAUCUGCCGUCCUUUCAGCCUCGGUGAAAACCUGCAAUCACAUUGCCCCACUUCAUCAUGAAUCUUCCGACGACCUAUUCCCUUACGUCCCGCCUUUGGCCGCACGAUGGCUUCCUUCAAAUUGUCGAUCAGGAGAACAACAGGCUCGUGGGACUGUCCAUCGAGUUCAUGAGAAAAGGACAUGUGCUCACAUGGGAGUAUGUAGAACAAACGCUAUCUGCUUGCAUAAAGGAAGAGGGAACGAUUUGUAGUGUGGACGGGACUCACCUGGAUCGCGAACAACCUCCUGCGACUGGCACGUACCUUUUUGUACGCUCAGGUGAGCUCAUUCCCGUGCUACCAUGAUUCUUCUCCGGCUUAAUGACCUAAUCUCUGUAGAUGAUUCUUCGCUCGGUUGUAGUCCUACCAUCGGGCCGCGUUUACAAUAUGCGCACCGAGCACCAAGGCCGGAGUCAGAGCAUAGUACAAUGAGUGCAUCAUCUCUGACAGGCUCGAAUACCAACCAAGUGAGUACUGUUCAGUUGCUUGCCGCAUCAGAAUUGCAGGCGCUUACUUGUCCAUCAGGCUGCUUUCAGGCGAGCUCUUCUUGCGCGCGAUGGCGCGUGCCUUCUGAGUGAUAGGGUGAGAAGUUCUGUCGCCUGUCACAUUCUUCCGCAAAGUCGCCCGGAGGUGAGUGCAGGUCCAACUAAGUCACGUAUCUCUUGUGAUUUACAUCAAGUCCUAUUCUGUUCCAUUCAGUACUAUUCCGAGCUCUUGGGACAUCAACCUGGGUCAUACCA